AGGCGGAUGCGAAGAUCACAUGCAGUCGCGUCUACGCAUUUGCACUCUUUUUAUCGGUCAAACGAGGAAAAACCCUCCUUCUCUCCCUCUCCGCCGUCCGCCGCCGCAACACCGACCGCCGCCAUGCCUCGCCGCUCCGGAGGAAGAUCUGCUCCCCGUGCCGCCCCUCGUCCUGCACCUGCGCGCAGUCCUCCUCCUGCACCAGUUAACCAUGCUCCUCCUCCAGCCCCUGCUCAAGGUGGCGGCGGUUCUAUGCUAGGUGGCAUUGGUUCGACCAUAGCUCAAGGUAUGGCUUUUGGUACUGGAAGUGCGGUGGCUCACAGGGCUGUAGAUGCUGUGCUUGGUCCGCGCACUAUUCAGCACGAGACAGUGGCAGCUGCUGCCCCUGAAGCCACUACAAACAGCAUUGGUGGUGCUGAUGCAUGCAGCAUCCACUCCAAGGCCUUCCAAGAUUGCGUUAACAACUUUGGGAGUGACAUCAGCAAGUGCCAGUUCUACAUGGAUAUGUUGGCAGAGUGCAGGAAGAACAACGGUUCUAUGCUGGGAGCCUAACUCAUAUCAUCGUCUCUGUCAUCCAUUACCAUGAUUAGGAAAAAUUCGUUUGAAUAUUUCUAUGUUGUCACUGAGUCUGAGAUUGAACUGGUGAUGGGGAAGCAGUAUUCUGUCUUUGGUUAUCGUUUACAUUGAAUAAUCCCGAGUCAAACCUAUCGAGGUCGGAACUUUUUAAAGUAUCAUAGCCUUGUCAAACCGUCAUUGGAACGGCUUAUGAUUGGGAUAGUAAUGUCUUGGGAUGCUUUUGCUGUGGAAGAAUUUACAAUCUGAUGACCUUCUAUUGCAUAA